AGAGGAACCACUUUCAUCUUUGACCACCAAUCAGAGCUCCUUUUUGGUCUCCAGAUUGUGACAAAAUGCAGAAGACUAGGAUGCUAAUUUCAAGUUUCUUCCUGUUGCUCAUCUCUUUAUCAACCUGCUUUGCCCAACAUUGGUCAUAUGGCUUCCAACCUGGUGGGAAGAGAGACGUGGAAAACCUAAGGGACUCCUUCCAAGAGAUUGAAAAUGAGGUGGACAAAGCUGGGGAGAUGCAGCCCUUUGAAUGCAAUGUGCCACGCCAGCAUUUCACACUCAGAGGACUGAAAAGUGCAAGUCUAACUGAAGGAGAGAAGGGACAAAAGAAGAUCCAAAGCUACCCAAAUCAAAAUGAAAAAUAAAGCAGAAUGGAGCCUUUGCAAAGCAAUUAACUGCAACAUCUGACUUAAGUAUGCUG